AUGGCGGGAACCACGUACGGCCCGACAAAUGGAACGGGAGACGCCGUGAUGACGUCGAAGAUAGCGCCAAAGGCCUGUCGGCUACCGAACGGCGAUGUACGCGAUGGGGAGGUGCCAGACUGCCAGUAUAAGGACGUGGGGAUCCCGCCGUUUAUCAGCUACGUGCCCGAGCUGCGCACGGAGCUGGUCGAGCACUGCAAGGCCAUCUCUCAGCCGGACCUAGACACGCUGGGGCUGGCCGCGUCAACGCUGGUCGGGUUCAUCAGCGACAACGGCGCGCCCGGCCGCCGUACAAUCGGAGGCGGCCGCACGCCAACAACGGAUAGCGUUGGAUGCCCACCGACGGCGACGACGGACGCGACGCUCCCGCGGUCAUGGUUGGCCGUCGACGCUUGCGGAACCACGUCUUCCGUGGCGCCCGAAGAGCUGCUUGAACUGAAAGCCAAUCCAGACAUGGCCAACAACCCAGCCAAGGACCCAGCCUACGAUCCAAUUCUCAACAAAUUGCAAGCCCAGCCCGAAAACUGGCAGCCCAGGCCGACGAUGGCUGGCUGCACGUUGACCUCUCGCGCUCAAAGCCACCGACGGUCUGCGGCUACCCGGCCGCUUCGACUUUGA